UAUUGAUCCCACCGAAAGGAUUACCUUGCACUGUAGAUCCCACCUUCAGAGCCAAAGAGACAGAACAACAUCUAAGUCUACCCUACCAGACAACGCAACAACACAAUGGUAUCCCCAAGUGCGACCAAAAACUACGGCCUCAUCCGGCACUCCGCCGGAAAAGCCAUUCUCCAAGAGAUCCCCAUCCCAACCGUUCGCGACGACUAUAUCCUGGUCCGAACUGAAGCAGUAGCACUUAAUCCCACGGACUGGACGACAUUAGACCGGACAGGAGAUAAUGGCACAUUGGUCGGGUGUGAUUACUCCGGUGUGGUUGAACAGGUCGGUAAGAAUGUCACAAAACAGUGGAAAGUUGGGGAUCGUGUUGCUGGGAUGGCGCAUGGAGGCAACGACCUCUACCCUCAAACCGGCGCCUUCGCACGCUAUAUCUCCGUUAAAGGAGAUUUUCAACUACGAGUUCCCGACGAAACGAGUUUCGAAGCCGCUUCCGCUGUUGGCGUGGGUGUUAUUUCGGCCGGGUUUGGAUUAUAUAACGUCCUAGGGUUGCCGUAUCCGAAUGUCGCGUCUGGUGAGAAGAAUCAGCAUGAGGAUGGAGAUCAGAUUCGAGAUCGUAAGGUGAUACUCAUUUAUGGUGGGAGUACAGCAACAGGGACACUGGCGAUUCAGUUUGCGAAAUUGUCUGGCCAUAGAGUGAUAACGACAUGUUCACCCAAGAACUUCGACCUAGUUAAGCAAAUCGGUGCGGAUGCUGUAUAUGACUAUCGAACCCCAGGAAUCGGGCACCAAAUCCGCCUCGACACAUCCAACCAACUAAGCCUCGUCUUCGACACUGUCAGCACAGAAAUCACCGCCCAAAUCUGCGCCGAUGCGAUCGGUUCUUCUGGUGGACAAUAUGUCAAUCUCCUGGGUCCUGACUGUCCACGCUCAGACGUGAAGUCGACCUUUUUCCUGGGUUACGAUGUAUCAGGUGAAGAGUACAUCUUUGAAGGAGAGAGAUUUCCUGCGAGACCGGAUGCUUUGGCUUAUGCAAGAGAAUUCGUGCCGAUAGCAGAAAAGCUUUGGGCACAGGGGAAGUGGAGACCUCAUCCGUUGAGGUUGGAAAAGGGGGGGUUGAAUGGCGUGAUUGAUGGGUUGAAGAUUCUGAGGGAGGGGAGGUAUAGCGCAGAGAAAUUGGUGUAUCGUGUUAAUGAGACGGAGUGGCCUUCGGUCUGA